AUGGCCACGGUUCAAUCAAUGCCCGCUACCAUACCGCACCCUCACAGCCCACGAAGCCCGACUUACAAGCCUGUCAAGCCUCGCGACGACCCCUCCUCGGCUUCAGCGUCCGUUCCCUCCUCACCCAGCCAGAAACCCCACACUGCGCCUCCAGCGUAUGGAGCACAAGCAAGGAGGAAUAUGGCAGAGUCAGGCACCUUCUUCACCGACUCUCCAUCCAUAGACAAUACCCCGGAGGCCGAUGAUGUUGAAGAUCCCCAUGAUCUCUCCUUCUCGUCCAACCAUGUCCUACGUGCUUCCAUGGUAGACAACCUGGUCAUGUCACUCGAUCAGUUCAGUGGUCCGUUUGACGAGUCACCCUACGUCCCUCGGAGCAACAGUUAUGAUACGGGUACCAAAGAACUGCGUAAAAGAGGCCAUACCUUUUCAUCCUCGGUCUCCUCGGAGGGAGAUGUUCAUGACUUGAGGAGCAUGCCCAAGGCACCGGAGACCGUCCCCCGCAUCCCAGUUCGCAACAGUGUAAGAUACCCAAAGAAUGUUCAGCGACUACCCAGCAUUUUUGGCGAAGACGAGGAUUCGGUACGCUCCAAAGUCUACGACGCUCAACGAGCUGCUCAGCCUGGACACCCGAGACGAAAGAAGAAUCACUCCGCUGGUGCCAAAAGCAACGGGAGCAGCAACUCCUCCAGUAUCGAUCUCGGCCAUCUGGCAAGUCUGCAAGGCCGACUCGGUGGGCCAGGAAAUCGUCGAUCACGAAGUUUUGACUUUGGCACCAGACAACGUGUUUCUCGUGCGUCAAAGGCAUCCGUGGAUGCUGAUGGCGCUCCCAUGCCUGUUAUAUUUGCAGGCCCGGAGGCCCGAGAAGCGCCUGGCGGGAUAACGGCACUGCCUAUUAUCCGCAAAAAUAGCACAAAAUCUUCCAAAUCUGCCUACACAAAGAAGGCCCGCUCAGGUGCACUAGGGACUGCAACGCUCAGAAAUGAUGCAGUGCCACAACUACCAUCGAUGAAAAGCGUUCCAGGUCUAAGCACAGCGUCGCACGAAUACAAGUAUGGCUCGUCGCCACAUGAGUCUGCGCCGGUUUCAAGGCCAGGAUUCUUUCGUCGUGUGUUUGGCUCAUCAAGGAACACAAUCUCUCAGCCAGACUCUAGCUUACACUCACACCUUUCCCUCCAUAGAUCACAUGGUCGAUCGACUCCUGUACAAGACGAUGUCCCAGCUCCCGGCACACCCCCAGCGAGAGGCCAGAGAACCGUUCGUCGAACCUCGACAGACGCUUCUGCUAACAAGGAGAACCAACCUGUCAUUACGAAGAAGCCAUCAGCAUUCUUCCGUCGGAGAAAGAAGUCCGUCUCAAACGUCGUGCCACCGCCACUUCCUCUGACUCUGAACAACGAGUUGAAAUCGGACGCAGAACCUGCCAGUGGAACGAGUCCUGUCAGUAGCUUGCGAGCAUUCAUGGAUCCUUAUUUAGGAGAGGAAUUGCCUCCUGUUGCUGGCGGCGCUCAUGUUCAUGGUCGAACAAAUUCACUGCAAGGUUUCUAUACCAAGCCAGCACCGCCCCCUGUAUUUACACUACCAAAAGACACGGGCAAGCGUCCUAAAGGUCAUGCCAGGACAGAAUCUCACAGCAGUAACAAAACCCUGAAAUCUAAUCAAAAGCCAACUGCCACCCUACGUAUCCCGCACCAGGACUCAUUCUUAGCCGAUAGCAGCAGCACUGGUAGUACGGAAGAUUCAUCACGGAUAUCGCCCUUUGAUGGCGCACUGAGUUCCGAUAGCGAUCGACCUGCUGUCAGAGCCCGUCAUUCUGUCAAUGACCUGCGAUUGGAGCCCUCUGGAUCGUACAGCUCCCUACCGGGCCCGAGUACAGAUCCCAGGAAGUCAACCCUACGGCAAAGCUCUUGGAAGUCGGAUAAGACUUCGUUAUCAGCUACAGCCAAGGCGCAGCCACAAACACAAUAUCGUGAGAGCGGGGAAACACUCGGUAGCAAAUCAUCUCUGAACGUGAAACCAGCAGUAUUAAUCCCGCCACGACAAGGAUCUAAACAUUCCACGAUGGACUCUGCCUCGGACCUGAGCGAAUACAAAUCUGCUCCUAGCACACCUCUCAUUAUCGAAACACCAGACAACGGGAUUCUGUAUGCCCCGUCACAUACUCUCCGGCCGAGCCUUUCUGGAGUCCAGGUUUCCGAUCACAAAGCCAAGGCCCAGCAGAUCUUUGAUAACACUGACGAAGAAGUGGACUCGUCCAAUGCUGGCCCGUGGCUUGGCGAGGCUGGACCUGACCGAGAGCAUGUACGAAAGGCGUACAUGGAAUUGUUUGACUGGGUGAAUCAGGACAUCCUGGAAUCACUGCGGGGUCUCUGCGAUCGUGUCGCAUUGAAGGGAGAAACACAGCAAAUGGACAGAGUUCUGGACUCUUUCGCCAGAAGAUGGUGCGAGUGCAACCCUGCACACGCUUUUCGGUCGAGUGAUGUGGUGCACACAAUAUGUUAUUCGAUACUUUUGCUCAAUACGGAUCUGCAUCUCGCCGAUAUUGGGCAAAAGAUGACGAAGGCCCAGUUUGUACGAAAUGCACUCCCGACGGUCAAGCAGGUAGCUCAGGUCAAAAAUGUUGACGAUAUAGCACGUGGCUUGUCGGUCGAUUCGAGGACGAACGCAUCCAACCACGAAGAGUCAAGCGGCACCCGGACGCCCAAGAGAUCCAUGGAGCCUUCUAGUCAAGCUCAACAGCAGGCUUCUGAGAGUCGUGUGGAUACGGGCACUGGGAGAGCAUGGGAAGCCCAAAUGGAGUCUGUGCUCCGAGCCUUUUACAAUUCCAUCUCACAGGAACCCUUGCCACUUUUUGGUUCCCCUAUCGAUCCGAAUGUGCAUCUGAAUGCACCAAAUAAUUUCCUGACAAUUGGAACCAAUAUGCUACGCCGGACACCGAGUGUCUUGAGCAAAGCGCAUUCUGAAACACAUCGGGGACGAGUAGGUGGUGAAAGUAAGUCCCUCGGAGGGAGAUGGAUGACGAAGACUCGAUCGAGGCCUCGGUUGCCAUCAGCUCCUGGUUUUGGUUCUAGUAGAACCAGUGUCGACGAACAAUCAUCCACCUGGAGCCCCUCAAUGUCGAGUACCUGGAGCAAGGUAUCGUUGGGUAAGACACUCACAUCGAUGUCGGUGGAUUCUCUAGGGACCGAGGCCACACACAAUGACUACCAGUCCUCCAUUGGUUUUGCCAACGCUUUGAGUCAAGCCAUUAUUCGGGACGAUCAAAUGGAUUUCCCGGUUGAUGAGAACAUCAAAGCGGGUGCCUUGCUCGAGGAUGAAUCUCUAGAACUCAGUGGUGCGCCAUGGGCCAAGGAAGGCAUCGUCAAGCACAAAUGCCACCUGGAGGGCGUGGACAAACGAUCCAAGGACCGGAACUGGAAUGAUUGCUUUGCAGUGAUUGAGAAAGGAUGGAUGCGAUUAUUCUCUUUCUCAAUGACGGCCAAGUCGCUUCGAAAUAAGGCCCGCACCCCUCGAGCAGGUGCCGUUGUGGGAGGGGGCAACUGGCAAGAUAAUGCGGAAGAAGUGUGGAAAUUUAUGCUGCGUCAUACUAUUGCCAGCUCGUUGCCCCCUCCAGGAUAUUCCAAGGCCAGGCCAUAUGUGUGGGCUUUGAGUCUACCGACGGGUGCAGUCCAUCUCUUUUCAGUGGGAACUCCAGAUAUUGUCAAGGAAUUUGUCCACACAGCCAAUUUCUGGAGUGCUCGUUUGUCAAAGGAGCCAAUGAUGGGUGGCAUCAGCAACAUGGAAUACGGCUGGAGUGACGAAGUUGUCAAUCGAGUCCUGGCAGCGUCUGAGUCCCACCCCGCCCUUAACAACGUCGGUCUGAAUCCUCGACCCAGUACCCAGAUGUCAAUGCGGAGCUCAAUGGACCAUGCUGGUGGGGUGCGUCCUAAGCUUCCUGGGGACAAGGCCCAUAUCAAGGAAUGGAAUCCUCCACAGCAAUCAAUGUUCGCUUCACAGCUACUUGAAGUCGAUCAACUGAGAGCGCUGCAGACAUACGUGAGCAACGUGGAAGAGGAGUUGCAGAAACACAAUGAGCUUCGUGGACUGAUGCUACUUGCCUUUACGACCAAACAUCCAAACUCAAACAAAGCAAUGAACAACUGGGAGAAGAAGAGCAGCUAUUUGCUAAGAGAGAUUGUGAAAUUCCGCACGUACAUCGACACGCUGCAGAAUGCAGAGGCUACAAAACAGCGGAUUUAUGCCCUGCGGAAGCAGGAGGACGAGGCACAGCGGGCAGAAUUGGAUGAGAGAAACUCCGUGAAUGCCUAG